GGGAAUAAUAAGUAAUGAUCCGGAAUGUUCGGACGAACCCCCUGAGGCCAGAGCGGGAAAAGUGCUGUAAGGAGAUUUUCGGACCAGUUUUCUCACUGAGUACCGGCAUCGGCAACCGGCCAGGACGCCUUUCACCUGAGCUAUGGUGGCCCUGUAGUCUAGCAUCUUCCGGAGUACUUUUGAAGCUUUCUGAAGUUUGAAGUCCUUGAGGCCUUAAGUGACACUCAAGACGACGAUGACGAUUACACAUUAAGUUACAGCAGCAACACCUAGGAGCGGCUUUGGGUAGUAGCUGCCGGCACUAGUGGCCGGCUCAAUGGCGAAUGGCGGGGAAUACAAUGGAAAUUGGAAUGGUGGUGGUGGAAAUGGAGGUGGAGGGUCGAACAAUUGGAAUGGAAAUGGCGGUGGUGGAAAUUGGAAUGGGGGUGGAGGACGAGGCGACAACGAAAAUGAAGGAGGAGGUUACGGCAACAACGGUGGUGGCCAUCGAGGCAAUUGGAACAAUGGCAGUGUAAUUGGAACAACGACGAUGGUAAUUGGAACGCUAAUGGCGACAACGGAGGAUGAAAUAACAAUGGCGGUGGUAAUGGAGGGGGAAGUGGUGACUGGAGGAGGUCGACACGUUGCUACAAUUGCAACCAAUUUGGCCAUAUCCGCCAGGAAUGCAACGCGCCACGUCAGAACCAAGGUGGAGGGAAUGGAAACAACCGUGGAGGAGGCGGUAAUUGGAACGGCAAUAGAGGCAACUGUGGGAAUGACAAUAACUGGAAUGGAAACGGAGGAAACUAGGGAAAUGGCGGAGGCGGGAAUGGAGGAAACUGGGGUAAUGGAAAUGGAGGUAACGGAGGAGGUGACCGACAACCGAACGAUGCAGCAAGUAGCUCAAAUACGCCUGUCGAAGCAAUAGCCGCGAUUGGGAUGAGCAAGGAGUUGGAGGAAUCACUAAAGGCGGUCUGCCUAUACACGAAGAAACAAAUGGAAAAAGAGGAG